CAGCACAACCACAUUCUAAUGGCUACUUCACUUCAAAAUUUGGUACCACCAUUUUCUUGCCGGCGUCCGAGCGAUACAUCCCCUUCUACUCCUAUCGCCAUUUUUCGAGGAGGGAGAAGAAGAAAUGCAAGAAAGACGUUGAGGGUCUGUAGAGCUAUGGUUGAGAAGACAGUACAAGGGGCUUCUUCUACUUUUGCUAAGGAAAUGGAAAGGCUUUCAGCUAAGGAGUCUCUGCUUCUUGCAUUCAAAGAUGCAGGUGGAUUUGAAGCAUUGGUCACUGGGAAGACAACAGAUGUACAAUGCAUUGAUGUGAAUGAGAGGAUCAUUAGUCUCGAGAAGCUCAAUCCGACGCCUCGUCCCUCAACGUCUCCCAAUUUGGAAGGACGAUGGAAUUUUGAGUGGUUUGGAGCUGGUAGCCCAGUUCUUCUUUUUGCCAAAUUUUUGUUUGGGAGAAUUCCUCCAACGUUGGCAAAUUUAUCAAAAUUGGAUGUGCUGAUCAAGGAUGGAUGUGGGACUGCUACCGCACAAGUCAAAAUACUAAAUUCGAUUGAGAAUAAAUUUAUCAUCUCCACCAAGUAUAGUGUUGAAGGGCCUCUUCGUAUGAAAGAAGAGUAUGUUGAAGGGGCAUUUGAAUCUCCAAAGGUCAAUGAGGAAGCUGUACCUGAACAACUAAAAGGUGCUUUUGGCCAGGCAUUUAAUACUCUGCAACAACUUCCUGUCCCCAUUAGAGAUGCUGUGUCCAGUGGCAUGAAAGUUCCCCUUAGCGGGACCUUCCAGAGACUUAUUCUGAUUUCUUACCUUGAUGACGAGAUCCUGAUCAUAAGGAAUACUGCAGGAGAACCUGAGGUUCUAACAAGGUUGGAGGCAGGACCUGAUCCUCAAAAUAUAACCGAAUAUGAGAGUUAAGUGACUGUAGGCACAUUUUGCAUGAAAAAACCAACUUUGUUUUUACUAUUACUUCACAUUUCUAUGUAACAUAACAUAAAUAAUACAUUGGCAAUAU